CCCCUUGGAGCUGUCUCGACCAUGCCUAGACCUGAGGAAGGGGGUGGCAGAGCUGCUGGAGGCAGAGAAGACGCCCAAGCACAAGGUCAACACCAAGAUCCACCCAUGGCUCCCGUGCAACCUAGCCUUGGACCCUCUAGGGAUGAGCCUAGAGUGUUUGGCCUUGACAAGUUCAACGGUGACAACUUUGCUGAGUGGUCCUUCAAGAUGGAGAACAUCUUUGACCACUAUGAUCUGCUAGAGGUGAUGGAAGGAACGGAGAAGCGCCCCGAGAACGACCCGGAGAAGAGCCCGUGGGUGCGGAAGAGCGCACAAGGCUACCUUCUACUUGGGCAAGCGUUGGGGAGCAGCCAAAUCCGUCACAUCAAGCCUCUUCAGCGUGAACCAGCAAAGGGACCAAAGGCAUGGGCUGCUCUCAAGGGUGUACACGCUCCUGCAACAGCGGCGGUGGCUGUGGUUUUGGAGCGGCAAAUGGCGGCCCUUCGAAUUGACGAAGGCGAACCGGUGGAGGACGGAGUGCAGAAAUUCUUCGACUUGUUGACACGGCUUGAAGGAGCUGACCUGAACUACAGUGACCUUCAAAAGAAGACCAAGCUGCUGGCCUUGCUUCCGGACUCAUGGUCCUCGCUCAUCAUCAACCUAAAUCGAGAUCUGCCCCGCCUCUCGCUCGAAGAUGUGAAGCGGGAAAUCUUACAAGAAGAUUUCCGCCGUCGUGAAUUGGCGGGUACCGAUGGUGCCGGAGUUGCAAGCAUGGGCCGUGGGCACGGCCGUGGAAGGGGCAGAGGGCGAGGAGGAAGAUUUGGCAGCAGCAACUUCAAUGGAGGCCGUGGUAAUGGAGGAUAUGGCAGCAACAACAAUAACAAUGGCUACGGGAGAGUGUGAUUGGCUGACCUUGCAUCGGCGAAUGGGGCAUGUGGCAUUGCCCAUUUUGCAGCAGAUAGUCAAGCAAGACAUGGUCAGUGGGAUACGUGUCAAGGGGGAGCCCAAUGAGGUGCUUGGCUGUCCAACAUGCAUGCAAGCCAAGUUCACCCGCUACCCGUUCCAUAGCUCGGAGACAACGGCGAAGGCACCACUUGAUGAGGUGGUGAUGGAUGUGGUGGGCCCCUUGAAGCUUGGAGCUGCUGGAGCUGAGUACUUCCUCACCAUUGUGGACGUCUACACUCGCAUGACUUGGGUGUAUGUGCUGCCAAAGAAGAGUGACGUGGCUGAAACGGUGAAGACCGAUUGGUUGCCGAUCGUGGAGCGGCAACAAGACCGACUUGUGAAGGCGAUUCGCACUGACCGUGGGGGAGAGUUCCUGAGCAAGGAUUUCUCAACUUGGCUGAAGAAGCAGGGCAUAAGGCACUCUCUUACCAUGCCCUACUCUCCUGCAAUGAACGGCAUUGCCGAGCGUGCGAAUCGGACACUCACGGAGACGGCUCGGGGACUUCUCAUUGAAGCCGGUCUACCCAAUUACUAUUGGCCGGAUGCGGUGCGGCAUGCUUGUGUGGCCAAGAACAGAGCCUUGACUCAUGUGGGAGAAGACAAAUGGGUGCCCUAUGUGGAGUGGAUUGGAAGGAAGCCGAAGGUGGAUAUGCUUCGGGUGUUCGGGUGCAUGUGCAUGGCACUUGUGCCUAAGAAACUUCGGCACAACAAACUUGAUGCCAAGGCAACAUGGGCCGUGCACCUGGGCAUGGCUCAAAACAGCAAGGGAUGGCUUCUUUGGGACCCAUUUACCAAGAAGUUCCUGGUGAGCAGAGAUUGCAAGUUCAUGGAGAACUUACCGUACAAGGAGUGGAAGGCGGAGAACCAAGCGAAGAUUGGUGUGCGGCUUGGAGAGGUGAAGAGUACCGGCUUGGAGCAUGUGGAGCUGCCCUUGGAGCUGAGUAGCAGCAGCACUAUCACAAGGCAAUCUCCUCAAAUGAAUGGGGGAGAAGAGGAGGAGGAGGUGCAACAAGGUGAUGAGCGUACACCGUCACUUCCGCCUCGUGCUACAUGUGCUCGCGGGAACCGAGCAGAUUUGCAGCAACGCCAUGAGAGCAUCCAAGUCCCUGUAGUAGAGGAGGAAGGAAGGGGGAGAAGGAAGACUCAGCCCCCCAAUAGGUUGAGCUAUGAACGGCUUGGAGGAGCAGCCAACUCAACCUUGACCGGUUCGGCUCUCAUGCUAGGCGAUGAAGCGGAAGAUGAAAGCGAGGAGUGCGCUUUUGCCUUCUUCUCUCCGGUGGAGAUACCGGGGGAGCCUACAAAUCCCAAGGAGGCUUGGGAGGGCCCCAAUGGGAAGGAGUGGAAGAAGGCCUCAGAUGAAGAGAUGGGGAGCAUCAUCGAGAACGACACGUUUGACUUGGUGAACCUACCUCCGGGGCGUAAGGCGAUCUCUUCCAAGUGGCUCUUCAAGCGCAAGACCGACGCCGACGGCAACAUUGAGUGCUACAAGAGCAGACUUGUAGCCAAGGGGUACCAGCAGCAGGAGAAGAAGGACUACAAUGAAGUAUAUGCUCCUGUGGUGAAGGGUACAACCCUUCGAACCCUCUUCGCCGCGGCGGCCAUCAAAGGAUGGGUGGUGAAGCAAAUGGAUAUCGUAACGGCCUUCCUCAACGGAGUUUUGGAGGAAGAGACCUACAUGGAGCAGCCAGAGGGGUACAAUGAUGGGAGUGGCAGAGUGUGGAAGCUGAAGAAAGCACUCUAUGGCCUCAAGCAAGCCCCUAGGCAAUGGUACAUCAAGCUGCGGGAAGUCUUGGAGGCGAUCGGUUUCACUCCCUCAACGGCCGAUCAAUCGUUGUUCAUGCUUGGCGAGGGGGAGCAGAGGAGCUUCAUGGUGGUUUAUGUGGAUGACAUCCUUAUAUUCUCACCCUCCUCUGACCUUGUGAAGGAGGUGAUGCUGAAGCUUCAAGACAAGUUCAAGUGCAAGACCCUUGGUGACGUCAACUACUACCUUGGGCUUCACAUUGAGCGAGAUGUGGAGAAGCGGUGGAUGCGAGUGCAUCAAAAGAAGUACUUGGAGGCCUUGGCUGCAAACUUUGGGAAGAGUGAAGGUCAUGUGGCUACUCCUCUACCCUCAGGGUUCAAGUGUGUGAAAGGACCAGCGGAGGAAAGUGUUGGUGAAGAGGAGAGGCGCCGUUUUCACUCCUUGGUGGGCAGCCUCAUGUAUGCGGCCGUUCACACAAGGCCGGAUGCAGCCUUUGCUACUGGGCAGCUAGCUAGGGUUGUCCAAUGCCCUAAUGAAGAGCAGGUAGCAGCUGGAGAGAGGGUGGCCAAGUACCUUGGCCAAACAGCAACUGUUGGACUGCAAUACUCCGCGGCGGCACAAAGGCGUCAAAAGGGUGCGGAUGGAGUCGAACCCGGGAGGCUCUUUCUCACCGCCUUCUCUGAUGCAUCUUGGGCAUCAGAACCAGAGGACAUGACAAGUGUGGGAGGCUUUAUCUGCUGUGUUGGUGGAGGACCAACAGCUUGGGAGAGCAAGAAACAAGUGGACCAAGCAUUGAGCUCGGUGGAGUCCGAGUACAUGGCACUCUUCCGUGCCAUAAGAGAGGUUGUGUGGCAGCGGCGUUUGCUAGCUGAAUUGGGGGAGGAGCAGCAAGGACCUACCCCCCUCUACUGUGAUAGCCAGGGUGCUAUUGCAUUGGCUAAGAACCCGGUUCUUCAUGGCCUUACCAAGCACAUGAAGGUGAAGUGGCAUUGGGUGAGGAGCAUGGUAACCGCGGGUGAAGUGGAGUUGCACUACGUGAAGACGACGGCGCAGCCAGCUGAUAUGAUGACCAAGAGGCUGGUUGAGCAGCAGCAUUGGAAGUGUUGCAAGCUUGCUGGGAUGGCUCUGAACUAAGGGGAGCAGAUUCUAAGGCCAACAAU